AUGACACUCUCUCAUACCCUCAAAGCCUGCAUCACCUACCACAUAACCGCCCCACCGCCCAACCAUUUCGCCUCCACACACAGCACAUGCACCAUCUGCAAUGCCGACGCCGACGCGCCAUACUACACCAAGCCAAAGUCCAUCAACCUGAUCCGCGGCACGGUCAAGAUGGAUUCAUGCGCGCACGUGUUUCACAAACGCUGUCUGGCCCAUUCGCUCUUCAAACAGACUGCCUGGCAGGACAUGGGCUGGGUAUUUGUACCGCAUGGCGCUUAG